AUGUCUAUUUUCAAUAGCCUCUUGACUUUCUCUGCUGCCAAUCCUUAUCUUUUGAAGAAGCGAGAUCUCCUGAGUACACCUUCACCAGUUGAGGCCUUUUGUCAGUUCCUAGGAGAAGAAAACAUAUCGUUGGAGACCAAAAGGGAAUUGGGUUUGGCACAAUUGAAGAAAAUACCGUGUAGAGAUGGCAGGAAUCUAAGAAAGGAUCUCGUUCAACUUUCUCUAAUAAUUAGUGUAAAAGUAGUAAUGAGACUCGAGCAUAAGGCCAUACCAGAAAUGUUCAGACCAGCUUGGAAUUUAACCUACAAACACUUUCAACCUCUGGCUACUGUACCUAUCUAA